AUGUUUUAUUCACAGUUUAUAUUGGCGAAAAAGGGGCCGCUUGGUACAAUAUGGAUAGCUGCACAUUUGGAGCGCAAGCUUCGCAAGAAUCAAGUUGCUGAUACUGACAUUGGAGUCUCCGUUGACUCAAUUCUUUUUCCCGAUGUUCCAAUUGCUCUUCGGUUGUCUAGCCAUCUUUUGCUUGGUGUGGUGAGGAUAUAUUCUAGAAAGGUGAACUACCUCUUCGAUGAUUGCAGUGAGGCUUUGCUUAAGGUCAAGCAAGCAUUUCGCUCUGCUGCUGUUGAUUUACUUCCUGAAGAGUCAAAGGCGCCAUAUCACUCCAUCACAUUGCCCGAGACAUUUGAUCUUGAUGAUUUUGAGCUGCCAGAUAAUGACAUUUUACAGAGUAACUAUGUGGAUCAUCAUAUCAGUUCAAGGGAGCAAAUUACUCUUCAAGACACCAUGGAAGCUGCGGGUUAUUCCACAUCAAAGUUUGGAUUGGAUGAGAGGUUUGGUGAUGGUGAUGCUUCUGGAUUAGAUCUUGAUGAGGAAUUAUUUUUGGACAAAAUUGGCACUUCAGGGCAUACCAAUGACAGUGCUGAUACUCAGGUCUCUGCCCAACUAAUGACCCCUCUCCAGCGAGAUGAACACCCUGAAGACAGAGCUGCCAAUUCAGAAACCAGGAUUGAUGGUAUUGGUGAAGCUGUGGAUCUCAUGGACUACACUCAGGCUCCAUGUACUCCUGGCUUGGUGGAAGAACCAAAUUUAUCCAAUGUCCAAGGGGCUUUAGCAUGUGAUGACCAUCUGGAAUCAGAUCACUUAAUGGAAUCUGUUGUAAAAGAGAAUACAGAAAAUAAUACUAAUGAGGAUAAACAAUACAUGGAUUGCUGUGAUGAUAUAAAUUCUGACGCAGUUCCUCUGGUUGUGCCUCACAAGAAUGGAUACCAUUCAGGUGUCCUGGAAAUCGAAGAAUCACAUGGAGGAUCUCUUUCCGUUGAAGCUACUGUUGAUCAUGUUUCGCUGGACGAGCCUCCAUCGACAGCCGGACCAUCUUCCAAUAUAUUUAAUCAAGUGAAAGCCAAAGAAGCCACCUCGGGACUGACUGAUAAGAUGACAGAGGCAUCUUAUGUUCUCGGUAGGGAAGAUUCACAGAAUGAAGUUGCCAAUAAUGAUAAUAAUAAGGUUAUGUCAGUCAGUGAACAAUGCGAUGAUCGUCUAGGACCCAGUGAAAUUGGCUUGGAGGAAAGUGCUUGUGAUAUUUCUGGUUCGACUAGUACCUGCCAGCAAGUUCCUGAAGAUGUAUCAGGAAAAGAUCAAGCAUCACUUGGGAUUGAGAUUUCUGACAGAGUGGGAAUUGAAAGUGAUCUGGAGAAACAUCCUUCUGAUGCAUCAGAAUCAGGUGCUAAAGACCAAGGUGAACCUUGCCCUGAGAAACCUGAAGCUCUGGCUUGUAAGGAAACUAAUGAUUUCGACAGAAUGAACCAUGAUCUUCACGAAGAGUUUCUGUCUACUGAACCUCAUUUUCUGAGGCCAUGUAAUUCCAACAUGGAACAAACUAAUUUACCCAAUUCUGGACAUGACAUGCCAAUGGAUUCCCACGCACAUCCUGAUAUGUCUGUCUCUGGUUCCAUAGAAAUUUCUGGAGGGGAGAUGCCUAUAACUCCAGGUGAAGCACUGCAUGGAACUGAUGAUUCCAUACAAAUUCCAAAUGAAAACCAAGUACAAAAUCUUGCCACAUGCGUAGACGAUAAUGCAGCAUUUAGCAAACCUGAUGGUCAGGUGGAUAUUAUAAAUGCAGAGGAUGUACAGGUGGAAAACUAUAGUAAUUCUGCAGAAGCUCACUUUCCUGCCCCUGAAAAACUGCUUUCAGUACCAGAAGCCCAGGCUGAUGUAAGUGGAGAAAUGCUACUAGAGGCUACUCCAAUGGAGCUUGACAAAGAUGAUGGUGGGAGAAAAAAAAUUUCUGGCAAAAAGCGUAGUUUAACUGAAAGUACACUGGCAGAAACAGUUGAAUCGUCGAGGAUAGUUCGUGUGAAAAGAACUGCCGAAUCUGUUCCUGAUGAUGAUGAUUUGCUGUCAUCCAUUUUAGUUGGAAAAUCUUCAGUUCUGAAAAUAAAGCCGACGCCUCCUCUUCCUGAGCUAAAAUCUUUGAAACGCGCUCACUUUACUCCACGGACGGUUGCACCCAAAAGAAAAAUUCUUAUGGAUAAUUCAAUGGUUUUGCACGGCGAUUUGAUACGCCAACAAUUGACAAAAACUGAAGACAUACGUCGUGUACGAAAGAAAGCUCCUUGCACAAGUCCUGAAAUUUCAAUGAUUCGGAAACAACAGUUGGAGGAAGAAAUUUUUCUUGAACCAAUAUUUACUGGCAUGUCAAUUGAUUUGGCUUCUUGGCACUGUCAAGUAUAUGAUCUGAGCGGAAUAAGAGUCUGCCAAAAUGAUAUAAAUGUCUCUCUUGAAACUGCGUCUGAACCAAGGUUAACUUCCCAAAAUGACGAUAAUGAUGUUUUACUUGGAUGUGCUGCUGAACCCAAGUUAGCUUCUCAACAUGAAGAAAGUGUUACUUCUCUUCAAACUGCAGCUGAAUCAGAAUUGGUUCCUGAAAAUGGUAUCGGCAUGAACAUAGAAAAAGAUAAGGGGUCCAGUGAGCUGAAUGUCCCAGAAGAAAGUGGACUGGGCCCGUGCAGUGAGCUUUUGGUAAUCAGAGAUAAUGAGGAAGCUGAACCGGUUGAGAACUCUCAGCUGAGCCAGAAUAAGCUGGAGGAUGUCAACGACACGUAUAUAGAAGUUAAUAUCAAUGAAGAGCAGAUGAAGCUUGAAAGUGACAGUUUGGAGCCUAAUGUUUUACAACAAAAACUUUUGCAGAAUGAAGCUGAAGUAGAAAUAAGUGGUAGAAGUGCUGAUGCCGUAAACCCUUCUUCAUGUGAUGUAGUUGAUGUUUCAGGCGGUAUAGUUCAGAUCGCUCCUUUAAAUGAGACUGACGAGACAAAUUCUUCACUGAAUGGAACCACAUUGGACAUUUUACCUGAUCAGAAGAUAGGGGCGCCUUCUGUUGAGUCGGACACUUCAGUGAUGGAUUCUAGGGAUGGAAAAAUAAUUGGUAUAGAUGAAGUGACAGAGAAGGAUGAUAGUAUUAUUGCAGAGUAUGAAAGUGAACUAUUUGGAAGGAACAAUGAUCUGUUAGAGGUCUCCCGAAAUGGUGCAGAAGUUGAACUGCUACCAUAUGCCGAUCAAGGAGAUUUGGAGUAUAAUGUUCAGAGUGAAAUAUAUAAUGGUAUUUCUGGCGACCAAAUUGUAGACCCUUCAUAUCAACCACAGGGCAGUUUGCUUGUUGAAGAUGGUUUCAUAGGUGAUGAUCAAAAACCAAAUAUGCAUGAAGCUUAUCAACCAAAUACGCUAGAUGCAGAAAUCUCCAGUUUUGACUUGUAUGAUCGUAAUGACUUAUAUUCAGCCACUGGAAAUGAUACAGAGUUUCUAAAUGUUGAUGAGGAAGAAACUGAAAUGGCUGAUGACUAUAUGCCUGAUCCUGAAGAGACCCAGUUUAUUGUGAACAGUGGAUGGUCCACGCGUACGAGGGCUGUUUCCAAGUAUCUUCAAACCUUAUUUGUUAAGGAGGCAGAUUCUGGAAGAAAGUCUCUUUCCAUGGACAGCUUGUUAAUUGGUAAAACGCGCAAGGAAGCUUCAAGGAUGUUUUUUGAAGCAUUGGUUCUCAAGACAAGAGACUAUAUCCAUGUAGAACAGAGGAAUCCCUUUGACAACGUUGACAUAAAACCUCGAAUGAAGCUUGUGAAAUCAGACUUUUAA